AUGAAGUUUUUCGGAGCCAUCAUCUCUCUCUUCGCAGCUGCCACUAUGGCAGAACAGUACGCUGCCGGCACAAACUGCCACACAAACACCGAGUGCAAUGCCAACUGUAUGGAUGGUACUUGGACGAUCCAGCAGUACUACACUGCAAACUGCGUCCCGCAAAACGGGCGCUACCAGCCCAGCGACCCCAAGCAAAUCAAGGCUUGCGAGACCGUCGGUGGUCUGGUGAGAAGGACUUGGAAAAGAAAAUAUAACGACGCCUGCUAUGCGAAUAUGUUCUACAAGUCGAUCUUUGCUGCCUACGUGACGGCUGAUGCGGCCAAGGAUGCUGUGGGCUGCAAGGAUGACACUGUCUUUGCCGAAUAG